AUGGAAAGUAUUGAUGUAUUUGAUACAGCAGUAUUUAGGGAUGUCUAUCAACCUACGGAUAUAUUUAAACUAGUAGAAGAGAAAGUAGGGAAAGGGUUUGCAAGAUUGAGAGUAGAGGCUGAGAGUAAAGCAGCUUCUAUUCAGCGUUUCUAUACUAUUAAAGACAUAUAUAGACACCUUGCAGGAUUUGACCCAAACAUUGAAGUUGAGAUGGAACUAAAUCAUGUAUAUGCUAAUCCUACAAUGCUUGAAAUGUAUAAUAAGAACCCUAAUAACUAUGUAUUCAUAUCUGAUAUGUACUUAUCAAGUAAGACCAUAGUACAGAUAUUAGAGAAGUGUGGAUAUAAGAACCCAAGAGUAUAUGUAUCUUGUGAAGAGAAAUGUAACAAGGGUUCUGGUACUCUAUUUGAAAAGGUACAAAGAAGAAUAGGCAAGAUAGAUAAACAUUAUGGAGAUAAUUACCGUUCUGAUAUAGAGGGUGCACACAAGCAAGGUAUUCCGGGUGUAUUUUAUCCAGCAUUACAUAAAAGACCACUCAAUCUACCAGCUGUUAAAUCUCCUUUGUUAAAGAAGUAUGCAGCAGCUCUUGAAGUGAGUGAAGAAAGACCACUAACUAAACUAGCUAAGUGGUAUGCACCUUUAAUAUAUGAGUUCACAAAGUGGGUAAUAUCUAAAAGGAAACCGGGGCAACAUAUAUACUUCUUAUCAAGAGAUAUGUUUAUGCCUUACUUAAUCUCUAAGAGAAUGCUACAUGAAAGAGAUGUACAUUAUCUAUAUUGUUCAAGACGCUCACUUGCACCGUUAUUCAUAGCAAGUGGUGAGAAAACAUUAAUAGAUAAGAUGCACAUAGUCUUGACAGAUGAAGAGUACAAAGCUAAAACAAACAAAGAAGAAUGUAUGAACUAUCUAAGAAACUCAGGUAUCCGUAAUGGUGAUAUUAUUGUAGAUAUAGGUUAUUCUGGUUCUACACAGAGGAUAAUAGAGAAGUUCUUGAAUAUUAAGUUAAAAGGAUUAUAUGUACAGCUAGACCAAGCAUUGAACAAAACAAUGGAUAUGGAAAUGUACCUUAAUCGUUAUGCUUUGACCUAUCGCUUCUUAGCAGAGUUUAUAUUCACAUCUCCUGAGGAUAAUAUAGAAGAUUACAAGAAUGGCAGUGUUAUAACAACACCAGACCAUGCUCAAAGGAAAGAGUAUGCUAAACAUAUCAACUCUAUUAUAUUAAAUGAUAAGCUGUUUAGACGAUUAGAUAGAAUGAACUUGUCAGUGUUUGAUGUAGAGCAGAUGUUAAUACAUAUACAAAACUAUCCAAGUUAUGAAAUGAUGUGUUUGUUCAACGAACCUAUCUUGACAAACAGAGAGAAGUUAAAUUACUACCGUAAGGAGGAAGAGAUGAGAGUAGAGCCAGUAGAUACUAAAAUAGUUUUUAAGAAACACUUGAAAAGUCAACCAAUUCGUGAUAUGAUAGAUCCGUUACCACCAAAAGACCCAUUUGGACCAAAGCAGCCAGAA